GACGCACGCCCAGACGUCAGACGCAGGACGGCCGCUCGCGCUGCCGGCACGCCGCCACCAGCGACUCCACAAGUUGGCGUGCCUGACUACAACAUGGGCGACUCAUCCACGGUAUGUUUCGGUUGGCUAGCUCUGGUGCUGGUAUUACUUACAUUGGCUCCAGGGACCAGCGCUCGCAGGGCUGUCAACCGGACAGAGCUCAUGCGCCUAAUGGCGCAAUACUACGGCUACGGAGACGCUUUCCUCAAGACAGAUGACCGCGCAAUGCCCAUUACGAACAAGGAGCGCCUAAAGAAGGACUGGUGCCGGACGGAGCCGCUGGUGCAGAAGGUGCGCGACGAGGGCUGCGUGUCCAAGUCGGUGGUGACGAGCUUCUGCUACGGCCAGUGCAACUCGUUCUACGUGCCCAAGGUGCACGCGUGGCGCGCCGGCCGCCGGCCGCACGACUACCCCCCGGGCGAGGCGGCGUUCGCCUCCUGCGCGCAGUGCCGCCCCAAGAGGGCCGCCUGGCUCUCCGUCACGCUGCACUGCCCCUCCUACACCACCCCCACGCCAGGUGAGGGAGGCGCUCCGGCGAGGAUUUCGAGAAGGCGCGUGCAGCGAGUGAAGCAGUGCCGGUGUAUGGCUUCGCCGUGAAGCAGGUGUCUGCAGCUUCGUGAAGUUGGCCCUGCUUCGCCAGCACAGCAAGCCUGGAGGCCUCACCCGCAGAGCAGCCAAACAACCAACGCCUGAUUCGACAGCCCUACACAGAGUCCUCCUUUCGGCAGAGCUUCCACUGGCUUCGGAGUACACCGUCUACGUUCGAGAUGUGCAGAUGAUUCGUAGAGGCACCGUAUACUGUGGUCCCUGCUUUAGCGCUACAAAAAUACGUAAUACGCUUGCCCGUACGCUUAUUGUAUUUGUGCCUUUCUGCGUUUGACAUGUUUAAUGUUUGUGUGUAGUUAGACACUUCUCGUUCUCCGGCGUACGCAGAUACAAAUAAGACGUCAUCCAACCUUGGGUUCUGCAGUUACAAAGCAUUGUGUUGUAACUACGUGACGUGUCAGCUUACACGACUGUACGACAAAUGGAACCGCAAUCUAUAUUGUCAGAUUAAAUAUCCGCGCCGGACCAGGACUAAACAUGAACUGUAAGCUUCAUGAACAACGCUGUAUAAUUUGAGCUUUUCGAUCAAUCAUUCACGAAACCAGUAUAUCUCUCUAAUCUGGUACCGUAAGAAAGUGAUUGUGACUAGUGGUGUAACAAAGGGACAUAUUUGUCUCAAAAUGAAAAAAGCUUUUAAAGAAGCUUUCUGGUGGUAUCAAUACUAUACAUUCCAUAGGAGACUAUUAAAUUUUCUCUGCUGCUGGUCAGUGAAGCAAAAUAAUCACUCGUUACACUUGAGUAUUUGCAGUGAACAGCCGCUGGGAAUGGUACGGUGUAGAAGGUGUCCCAAAUAACUUUUUGAACCGGAUGCAAAUUUAAAAAAAAAUGU